AUGUCCAACAACUACAACAACGAUCAACCUCUUCCCUUUGGUGCUGCUAUGGCUCGUGAUGGCGCUGAGCCCAUGAACGUCGACUCUGACAACCAUGGCAACAACCAAGGCAACAACAACUCUGCUCCUGCCCCUGAAGGAUCAAGACAAUCUGGUUCAGGUGAAACCUCUGUUUCUCAAACCACCGCUGGCUCAUCUGCACCUGAAAAGGUGCAUACCUGUAGCAUUCACAGCUACAAGAUACGCUAG